CUCUACCAUCAAGGACCGGCCGGUGUGGGGGAAUCAGCGGUCGCGCAAACCCUCACCGAAUACGCCGGCGCAACUCGCCUACUGGGUACAACGUUCUUCUUCUCCCGAACCAACGGACAGGACAAUUUUGCACCUUUAUGAACGCGUUUUGAUCACGAUUGCCUCCCAGUUGGCGGUCCGGGUUCCUGCCUGUCAGGGCCUGGUUGCCAGUCAGCUCGCCGGAGAUCCAGACAUUCUCCGGAGGGCACCCUCGAGCCUCUAUCCUCACUGUCACAUUCUUCCAAAUACUUCAUCAUUCUAGACGGCUGGACUGGAAUAUGCGCAGCCGAGUACCAUCGACCCGAUCAGUAAAUUCUUGCACACUGCAUUGUCGUUCCGAGAGUCUGGAUAGUUUGCAGUCGUUCAGAAUACCCUCAAACAGGCGUUUAUCGACUGUGGCUUCUCAAUCGACUCUCGAAAAAGGAGCUGCCGAUUGACAGCGGAGAAUGGAAGAGGAUGCUGCUGUCUCUAUCCAGGAUGGUUUCAAAGUAAUUCAGCGCAGGCAUCUUGACCUUGUCAAUGAGUCCUGGUCGCACCAGGCAAACCUUAGGCUGGCGAAAAUAGCUAAGACUGCCUCCGGUUUCUUUACCCUUGCUUCAGCGUUGCUGAGAUACGUAGGUGAUUCUCAUUGUGGGAGCCCUGUAGUCUGUCUGCAAACAUUCAUUUGAUCUGUUUCAAGGUCCUCCCUGAUGGAAGAGGCAGGGCCAAAUGCAGAUUCUCAAC